AUGACACUUCCAGUCGAGCUCAUCGCACGUAUCCUCACUGACACCUGGGCCAGCCUAACUUCCACUGAAGAGCACGUCAAAACUUUUGCGACUUGCAGUCUUGUAUCUAGAGAAUGGCUGGACACCAUCAAGGAAGUGCACUCAAUGCACUCAUGGACCCCCCUGUCGUAUUAUGAAGGACGGCUAUAUACCAUCAAAUCACUGUCUUCGAUUUCAAAUCCAAUGCUUUGCCGCACUCUUACGUUCAGAGUAGACUUUAUGACCAUGCCGAAGCAUGUCGUGGUCAGCAGAUGCCAACCUGCUAUUGAAGCGAACCGGGGGGUAGAGAUCCUGCUUCGAAAGCUAUUCUGCGGUCCUAAUCCACCUCGCCACGCAACUCAUAUCUAUAUCGACUAUUUGGACGAUUCCCGGGUGCACGUCCCCAGCUUCUGGAUCCCCCCACAGAUUACACGGCUGACAAUCCUUUAUCACUUUCGUUCUUGGACGAUUUACUGGUUAGACAAACAAGUUUUCCGACGCUGCCAAUGUCUACGAUCCAUUGUCGACCGCAAAGUCCAUCAUCUCUCCGUCAUGGGGGCAACGACUGAGCUAACGAGACAACUAAUUACCCCUCUCAGUGAAUGGAAAUGUCUGACUUUGUUGACUAUCGACUCGGAUGUUCCAGAAAUCGAUAUUCCCGUCUCAUCUCGGAUUUGUGUUAUUAGGGAAAGUGAAGAUUUUCGAUACGAAGCCGUGGAGCCCGACUUUCUGCGUCGUGUUAUGUUUGGCAAUCAAUACAACCGGGCGUAUUGGUCACACAUUGGCACGCUCAUACAUCUCCAUAAAAAAGCCAACCGAGAUAUUCCAAUGCUUGAACAAGUCAUUCCUGUCGGGUCUGUGGGUUAUAUCGACCCGAUGUCAAGGAAAUUUGUCGUACUGUUCAAUGCCGUUGAUCCAGGAUCUUCGACAGAUGCCCGACUCGAAGCCAUCCCAUCUCUUCUUGAAAGUGGUGUGACAAAGUUGGUCAUGGACCCCAAUUAUUCUCCGCGCCCGACCAAGUGGGAUGAGGACUGCACACACUUCGAAUCAUUGUAUGAUAUCUCUGUUGGAUUUCUCGAACCAGAAGAGCACUAUCUUGCUCUGGGACUAGCUUGCUGCAAGGAACUUGUCGGAAUGCAUUUCGAGACCUGGCUGCUGGAUCAUAAACAGAAAAUCCUGGAUAUUUUUGGAGACGAGCACCCGUAUAUUCAACGGCGUCUGGACCUUGUGACGACCGCAAUCAAUUCCUCUCAGUAUGCUUGGUUCGCCCAUCUAGGCUUCAGCUCCCGGUUCAGAGCCCCGGAGCCUUCCUGCUGGCACUUGUUCUACUUUCAGAUUGAUCCUCCACGCAUACCUGGAACUCCCUGGGGAGAAUUCAAAUUGCCAAAAAACUACGACCCUCCCAAUCUAAUAUCUUGGAGCCAUGUCGCCACUGUGGGUCAGUCACCUAUGACUGUGCAGAUUCGGUGCCAGUCUGUUAGUUAG